ACGUAUUUCUGGUAAAGUCAGAAAGGGAGGGGAAGCAGAGAGAGAGGGAGAGAAAAAGGAAGCACUCCGACAAGUCUUUUUGUGUAUGUGUGUAGUUUUUCCAAAGUUAUACAAACGUUCAGCAGCAGAAAGUGCGUUCGGAGAGUUAGAUGGGAUCAGAAUGCGAGGAGCAGGAUCUGAGGCAGAGCUCGGUUUAUGAACAUCUGUGCACAGCUGAUGACAGCAUAAACUAUUAACACUUUUUUAGGCCUUGGGCCUCGAGUGACCACAGAGAGGUCCCGCUCAGACGUGAGAAGAAAAAAAAGGAAAGCAAUGUCCUCUGACUUGGACUCCAGUCUCACAAGCAUUGACUGGCUGCCCAAACUGGGAGUCAGCAGCCUGCGCUCGGGGAAAAAGAGAGGAGGGGUGGAAAAGGACAGGAAGAAAGAUAGAGGGAGGGACAGAGGGGACUUUAUACCAUCGGUACCAAGCCCCUCCACUUCUAACUCUAAGGGAAAACCCCCCCACAGCUACGCCACUCUUAUUGCUAUGGCAAUAGCAGCCGCACCUGAGAAGAGGUUAAGUUUAAAUGACAUCUACACCUGGAUCAGUGACACCUUCCCCUACUACAGCCGAGCAGGCCGCGGAUGGAAGAACUCCAUCCGUCACAAUCUGUCCCUGAAUAAAUGCUUCAGGAAAGUUCCCCGACCACAGAGUGAUCCUGGAAAGGGGUCCUAUUGGACGAUGGAUGGACCUUCAGAUGCGGAUCAGAUGAGGGCACCGAAGCGACCCUAUCCAGAGGAAGAAGAGGAGGAAGAGCGAGAAGAAACUCUUCGAGUUGCAGAAACCCAAUCCCUGAGAGGACCGUCUCCUCUUCAACCCUCAACUGCUGACCUCCAUCUUUUUAACUCCUCUCCGCUUGGACAUGUGCAGAUGCAGCCUCCUCACUCUACUUCUCUCACUCCUCCUCCAUUCAAGCAGUCUUCUCCAUAUGUGCCUCCCCCUGUACCGUGUCUGCAGGCCUCCAAUCAACCUGUCCCCCAGUCUGCUGGUUUACCUACCAGUUCCUCCAUCAGCUCUUUUCCUACCCCCCAUCCACCGGUUUCCACCUACUCUGCCGCUGCCACACAUCUGACCUCUGUCAACAUGUCUACGGCCUCUGCAGCUGCUUUCUCUCAUCCAGUCCCGUCCUUUGCGGUCACAUCAGACCCACUUCCUGUCUCUACUUUCUCCGGCCCCCCCAACCCCUCGGCCGUGCCCGUUUGCGCUGUAUCUGGCACCGGUCCCUCCUGUGCUUCAACUGUGCCUUCAUCUUCCAACCCCCCUCCAGUUGUUUCUUCACACGCCUACGUUGAGCCUCCACUGCGCUUCUCUUUUGAGGAGAUGAAUAUUCCAGACCUGUAUGCAUCUUUCAAGUCUCUCUUCAAGACGAUACGGGAGAGGGGGGGCUCAGUGUCGGACAGCCACACCAUGGUUUUCCCGAAUAGUGACACUACCCCACUUCACACUCCAACUUUGCCCCCGAUGUCUCCUCCUCCUGCAUUGGCACCACAUGCUCUAAACACCCCACCUGCACCAGGCGCUCCACCUGCACACCCUCCAGAGACAGAGCGCACGGCACAACACACACUGCCCCCCGACUGGUUCACUACCCAAGAUUCUCUGAAGGAGAGCUUCCGGAUUGUCAGCAAUCUAAACUGGGCAAACAUUGACCUCACUGGUCAUCCAGAUCUUCUGGAGAGCAUGAGGCAGGCGGAGCUCUGCGACUGGGCCCUUGACCCGGCUGUCUUCACCUCUCUCUGCGACUCCCUGAAUCGCUUCUUCUCUCAGAAAGGCAUGAUCAGCCCUGGUAAUCGUUCUCCCAUUGCUCUUGGAGGACCUCACUCAACUCAGCCCUCGCCCCUUUCCUACCCUCCCAUGGUUCCUUCCACCAAUGGGCCACAGCCUCCCCGGAGGCCCCUGCAGCCAGGUCUUCACAUGAGACCUCAUCUGACACAGCCUGCAAGCACAGCUGGUGGGAUCCAGCCGCAGGUGCCGACACGUCCACAGCCUCCUCCUCUUAAGAGUUGGCGUGGGAACAGCGAGGAGAUCCCCGAUGACUUUAACUGGGAUACUCUAAUUGAUUGACCCUUGCUGCACAUUAUUAAAACACAGAAAUAUCUGUUGUUUUUUGUAAGCACAUUUGGGAUAGUUUGACACGAGACCAAAAGUCAGAAUUUACAAUCUCCCUCCUCAUAUGCCUCCAAAAUGCUGCAUUCCUGCUGACUUUUUUUCCUGAGGAGGUAUACAGGGUUUGAUCUUCACAUUAGACAUGAAAUGGUCUUAAACUAAGGUGACAAAACGUCCAUUUAUUCCUUUUUCUACAUACUGCUAAUCUUGGGAGCAUUGAGAGACAAACACAUCCUGCGUUUUUCUUUUAUUUCAUAAAUUUCUUUAGAUUUUUUUUCUUCAUUUUACAUUUCAAAUGUGAAUGUUUACAGCUGACACCAGACAGAAAUUCAACCUUACCCAAUAAGAGCUUUUUCUUGAUAUAAAAUAACGAUUUCAUUGAACUUAAUUAAAAGAAAAGCAUGAUUAAACAUGUUUUCAAGUCCCUGUUUCGUCUCCUUUUAUUGAAAAUGUCUUUGAUGAAGAAGCAUAGCACUCCCUUCCCAAGGACAAGAGCAGGGGGGGGGGGGGGGGG